GAUCCGGUGCGGGCGGGCGCGGGAAGCGCCGCGGGCGGGUGACCUUGGGCGCGCGCACCUGCCGCAGCCCCGCGCGCGCGCCGGUCACGUGACGGGAGGGGGUGUGCGCCCUCACGGCCCCAACAUGGCGGGACCGGCCCCCCCUCAGCACCCCCGGCCCGGGACCGGUCCCCCCCCUCCUUAACACCCCCCGGCCCGGCACCGGUCCCCGCUUAGCACUCUGACCCGGGAGAGCCCCGGUGAGAAUCCUCUGCUGAGGUUGCGGGAAAAGCCCGUCCAGCUGCACUCCCCUCCCGCAGCCAUGAGCUCCGGAGCGGCGGCCGGGCCGAUCUUCGCCGAGGGCGAGGACUGCAGGGCGGCCUGGAGGGAAGCCACUGCGGGCUACGACGAGCCCGACGCCCACCUGGAGAUCCUGGGCAAGCCGGUGAUGGAGCGCUGGGAGACCCCCUACAUGCACUCGCUGGCCACCGUGGCAGCGUCGAAGGGCGGCCGCGUGCUGGAGGUGGGAUUCGGGAUGGCCAUCGCCGCCUCCAAGGUGCAGGAAUUCGCCAUCGAGGAGCACUGGAUCAUCGAGUGCAACGAGGGCGUGUUCCGGCGCCUGGAGCAGUGGGCAAAGGCACAGCCACACAAGGUGGUGCCCCUGAAGGGGCUGUGGGAGGACGUGGUGCCAACGCUGCCGGACGGGCACUUCAGUGGGAUCCUGUACGACACCUACCCGCUGUCGGAGGACACCUGGCACACGCACCAGUUCAACUUCAUCCAGGGCCACGCCUUCCGCCUGCUGCGGCCCGGGGGCGUCCUCACCUACUGCAACCUCACCUCGUGGGGAGAGCUGCUCAAAACCAGGUACAGCGACAUCGAGAAGAUGUUCGAGGAGACGCAGGUGGGGCCGCUGCUGCAGGCGGGGUUCAGGCGGGAGAACAUCAGCACCAGCGUGAUGGAGCUGCAGCCGCCCCCCGAGUGCCGCUACUACUCCCACGGCAGGAUGAUCACCCCCAGCGUCCUCAAACACUGAGGGAACCGGCCCUGGAUGUGCUGAGGAGGAGGAGAAAAGCUCUGAGCUCCUUUAAAGCCCCUGAGAUGGAAGCUGAUUCAUCCAGAGCUGGGUGGAGGUUUGGGGUGGGGACAAAAGGACAGGAAUCUCCCGGGAGCCCCCUGCCCUGGAGGGGUCUGGUGGGCUCUGUGGAAGAUUUCACCCUGCUCUGUCCCCUCAAGACUUCAAAUUCUCAAUUGAGCUGGAAUUUCAGAGUGUGGUUCGGAGCCUUUGGCCAAAUGGGUUCCAGAACCAGCCAUUUCCUCUAAAAACUGGAUCAUUUGGAGAAAUCACAGCGUGGCUUCCCACAAGAUCAGAUAAUCCACACCAGGUGGCAGAAAUGGGGCAGUCUGAGGCAUUUCAGCUUCUCCUGAAGCCACUCCCCAGGGAAGUUUCCCAACAUUUUCAGCCAAAGCCCAAAUCCUGACCCCGACACCCCCUCACAGCUCAAUAAAUAUUUCCUCUCUCCUCAGAAGGGAUAAAGUCCAUUAAAAGGAAUGAAAU